GUUGACAAUUGUUAAGAAAUAGGCAUGAUACUGGAAUAAAUCAUUCAAUUUUGUAGAAAAAGUCGUUUUGUAGCCAGCAUUGUGAAUUUCUUUUAAGAUCUAAGAGUACUUCUUUUCCCAUGCAUCUACCAAAAUUUCAUUUUAAUUCACUUUUUGUACGUUCUUAUCGACUGCACUAUCACUAACUUUCUGUUGAUUUAUUUGCUCAUGUUCAUUAAUGCUUCAUCUUGGUGCCAGAGCACUGUGCUAGUUCCAAAUUUUGUUCAAGGUCAAAACAAAUUCGGAAAGUAUUUUUGUAACGAAAGUUAUUUAGCUAGAUAGGUGUUACUCUUAUAAGAUCAAAAAUGUGCGUAGAAGUUGGACACCCGAUUUAUAGAUUUCUGGUUUUAUUCUUCAAUUGCCUGCUUACUUUUGGAUCAUAUUACUGUUUUGAUAUGCCAAGUGUUCUCCAAGAUGCUAUGGAAAAAGAUUAUAAGUGCGAUAAUACAACAAAUUCAUCAUGCUGCACUGAUUGUCUUGGCAUGACUUCUGAACAAUAUAACUAUCUCUAUGCAAUCUAUUCUUGGACAAAUGCCUUUGUUGUUAUUGGUGCUGGAUUUUUCAUUGAUAAAUUUGGAAAUCGAAUUGGAGCUUUCCUGUUUUCAAGCUUUUGUGUUAUUGGUUCUUGCUUAUUUGCUUUGGGAGCAACAUACAGAGGUACUGCAGCUAUGAUACCUGUUAUGCUUUUGGGUAGACUUAUUUUUGGUGCUGGAAAUGGCUCUUUAACAAUUGUACAAAACAGAAUCACAUCCUUCUGGUUUGCUGGGAAAGAACUUGCUUUAGCCUUUGGUAUUACUUUGGCCUUUUCUCGCCUUGGGAGUGUUCUGAAUUUUUUCUUGACUGGACACUUAAGUGAUGCUGUUGGAUUAAAAUACACAUUGUGGAUUGGUGCUGGUCUUUGCGGACUUGGAUUUAUUUCUGCAAUAAUUGUUGGUAUGCUGGAUGUGUAUGGUUUUAAAAGAUUGGGCAUGAUGGAUUCAAUAAGCUCUCAGUCAAAACUAGUUAGGGUAUCAGAUGUGAAGCAUUUUUCCAUGUCAUAUUGGCUGGUGAUUUUUACAAUUAUGUUUUUCUACAAUGGGGUUUUCCCUUUUGUUGCUGAUGCCAGCAAGUUCAUUAAAGAUAAAUAUCAUUAUGAUGAUAACACUGCAGCUUACAUGGCUGGUGCUGUAUACGAUGUUUCUUUAAUACUCUCUCCAUUUUUGGGCGGACUUAUUGAUGUUUUUGGUAAAAGAGGAAUUUUAUGCAUUCUUUGCUCAGUUUUAACAAUUCCUGUGUUUGGAUUAUUAGCUUUUACAACAGUUCAUCCUUUAGUAUCUACCAUAUGGCUUGGAAUAACAUAUUCUGUAGCUGCUGCUAGCAUGUGGCCGUCAAUACCACUAGUUGUUAACCAAGCAACAAUUGGUACAGCUAUGGGCAUUGCUACAUCUCUUCAAAUGAUUGGUGUUGGUUUUUCAAAUCUUAUUGUAGGGGAAAUACUUGGCUCUAAGGAUAAGCUGCCCGAAGAAACAAUUCUGAAUCACUGGAAAUAUGUAAUGAUUUAUUUAUUGUGUAAUACCUUAGCUUGUGUAGGAACUUCUAUUGCACUAAAUAUCAACGAUUCUAGAAAGGGCGGAGUACUGAAUUUGAGUCGUAAACAAGCUAGAGAAAAAAUUGAAAAUGAAUCAUCACUUAAUUCUGAUGUUAAGGCUCUUGUAGAUUGUGCUGAAACAGCAGAUGAAAGGGACAACUAAAAGUGUUAAGUUUGAUUCCAAUUCAAGAUUGGAAAAUGAAGUUAAUUCAUCUCAUUGUUAAUCAUGAUCUUUCUUUGAUGUUGUAUCAAUUUGUUGAAAUCUGCAAAAUAUUAAUUUUCAAAUAUACAUAUCUCAAAAUAUUUUUUAUCUGAAAAUAUGAAUGUUUUUGAAUGUGUUUAAAAUAUUCCUUUUCGUUUUGAAGUUGAAAAAAAUGCUUUUCCUACAAAUAUUUAAAUCGUUUUUUAUAUUUAAAUCUUUUUAAAAUAAUAUAUUUGAAAUUUAUGUAUUGUUUGACGGUAAGAACAAAAAUUAGGAUUUGACAAAUUGCAGGUUUUUAAAAAUUAAUGUGAUGAUUAAGAGCACUUGAUUUUUAUCAAGUUCAGUGUUAUGUUGUUAAUGAUUUAUUCCAUACAAUCUAAAUUACUAUUAUUUUUCAUUGGUUUCGGUUCAACAAUUAAUUUGGUUCAAGAAAAACUGGAAGCAAAAUGCUGGAAUUAUAAUGGAGAAAGUAAAACAAGAAAUAAUCUUUAGAAAAGGAAAUCAAAACUUAAAAGGUAUCAUUUUUAAGCAAACUGAAUGUUUCUUGUCUGUCAAAAUUUAGUCCAAACGUAUAAUGUUUCCAAGUUUCAUAAAAUUCUCAAAAUGGUUUUUUAAAAUGCCAAAUCUGCAUGAAUAAUUAUGCAUUAUAAUUAUUAAUUGCUAAAAUGUUUUUACAUAGCACCAGCUUUAUUUUUAAUUUUCAUUGGUUUUCUUCUAUAUUGUAAAAACAUUAAGAUGCAGCUCAUUAUUUUUUGUCCCUAAUGUGACGUAUUGGUAGUUUUGUGCAGUUCAUGAAAUGUGUUACCUGAUCAGUACCUGCUGCAUCAUUUUGCUACUCAAUAAUAUUCAAAUGAAUAAUUUGUGUUUCCAUUGUUGUCCUAUGUUUUUAAAAUGAUUUUAUCAGUGAUAAUUCUCUGUCCAAUUAUCACAAGCAUCUAUGAGAUUUUUACGUAUCUUUGGAGAAUCGUUAUUAAUAAUUUUCAUUGUUAUUUAUUCACAGUAUGUAAUUACUGUUUGAUAUAUAAUGAUUUCUUCAGCAUUACAAUUUAUUGAUUCUUCAAUUAUAAUAAAAGAAAAAUAGUAUAUGUAUGCAUUAUUGGAUAAUUAUUUUUUAUAAAAAUCCUUGGUUUAUGACUCUGGAAAAACAAUAUUAUAGACUUUAUACCUUUGGUCAUUAGAAAUCAUAAAAAUUACUUAAUUUGUACGAACAUACACCAAUUCAACAAUCUUGUGCAGAUAUUGAGCAGCCUCUUAAUUUUUACAAGAGCUUGAAGUAUGUAUGCUCGUUUCAAUAGUUUAAUUGAUGUGUUGAGCUUCAGGAUAAUCUAACUGCAAACAGCCGCAUUCUGUUGUAAUGCAAUAUAAUAAUUAACUUAAAUUUUACAAAGUUGAGCAUUUUUUUUUUUUUUUUUUUUUUUUUUUUUUGUAGCAUAUUGUUUUGAUUUCAAAAAUUCAAUUAUUUUGUUAACAAUGUUUGGGCAAUAUAAGUCAUGUUGUUCUUUAAAAAAAAUUGCUUGAAUACAGAUUUGAUUUAACGCAUUGAAACCUUUAAGGACACAUAACUUAAGAAAACAUCAUAAACUGUCACAUUUAUUUUUAAAAAAUAUUGAAAAAUAAAAAUAAAUGAUUCAAAAUAAUUUUAAACACUAUAACUUACGAAUUUCAUACUUUAUUUAGUCAGUUGACUGCUUUCUUCCAAAUGAUGUAUGUCAAUGAUUUAGUAAAAAUCAUAAUUUAUGAGGAGGAUGUCAGAUGAGUUUCUCUCCCCCCCCCCCCCCCCAGUGGGUUAUUGACUUUCUCUGAGCACAUACCAUUUGGAAUUCUGUGAUUUAAAAAUAAAAGUCUGAUUGAUAUCCCAUGCUCAACUGACACAUAUUCUUAUCAAUUCAACUUCUAAUUUCAUAUUUCCUUAUUAUAUGGAUUCCUAUAAAACCAUCUUCUUUUGUUUAAAAUUUAUGUUUUUUUUUUUUUUUUUUUGAAAAGAAAUAAUUAUUAAUAAUUAUCCAAACAUUUUAACUGUACCAGAAACAGGUAGCUUUAAACCUUAUAUGGAUGUUUUUGUACAUUUUUUUAUGUGCCUAGAAGUUAAAUGUUUUAUUUCAUAUAUUUAUAUUUUAUUUAUUUAUAUUCAUAAGUUAUACGUUAUGCAUGGGAGACAUUCCAUUUGGCAUCACUUGUUAGCUUAUAUGUCCAUUUUGUAUUAAUGUCAGUUUGUAAUCUGAUUGUGUCUUCAUAAAGUGCCUUUAUCUAUUGAAAUUUGUAUCUACAAUUGUGAUGUUUGUGUGUUUUUAAUUCUAAAAAGCAUAUGUAUGAAUUUUGAGUUUUUUUCUUCUCAUAUUUAUUGUCUAAAUAAACAAAA